AUGGCUUCCGCACAACAGAUCAAGACCCCGCUCACCGAGCAGUUCGGCAUCAAGCACCCCAUCAUGCUUGCCGGCAUGAACGUCGCUGCUGGUCCCGAGCUCGCCGCCGCCGUCACUAACGCGGGUGGCAUCGGAGUGAUCGGGGGUGUGGGAUACACACCUGCUUAUCUCCGCAAGGUCGUGGCGGAAUUGAAGGAGCACUUGCACGACAAGAACGCUCCGUUUGGUAUCGAUCUGCUCCUCCCUAAGGUCGGCGGUGGUGCCCGAAAGACCAACACAGAUUACACCAACGGCCAGCUCCCUGAGCUCAUCGACAUCAUCAUCGAGUCGGGCGCUAAGCUCUUCAUCUCGGCCGUCGGUGUGCCCCCCGUCGAGGUGGUCAAGAAGCUCCACGCUGCCAACAUUAUUGUGGCCGGUAUCAUUGGCCACCCUAAGCACGCGCCCAAGGUUCUUGAGGCUGGCGCUGACAUGAUCAUCUACCAAGGUGGUGAGGGUGGUGGACACACCGGUGAUGUCCCUCUCUCCAUCAUCGCUCCCCGCGUUGUCGAUAUCUGCCGUGGUCGCAAAUCGCCUCUCACCGGCAAGCCCAUCAUCACGGUUGCCGCUGGUGGCAUCUUCAACGGUCGCGGUCUCGCCGCCUCCAUCUGCUACGGCUCGGACGGUGUCUGGGUGGGCACUCGAUUUGUUGCCUCCAAGGAGUCGGGCGCACCCCGCGCUCACAAGGAAGCAGUGCUCAAGUCGACGCACGAGACCGAUGUGCGCACUAUCAUCUUCACCGGUCGUCCCCUCCGCGUCUACAAGACCGACUACAUCAUGGACUGGGAGUCGCGCCCGGACGACAUCAAGAGGCUCACGGAGAAGGGUGUCAUCCCCGUCUACCACGAUCUCGAGAAUGACGACGAGGAGGGCACCAAGGAGGCCGGCGCCCGCCAGAGGUUCUUGCUCGGCAAGUGCGCUUCGGUCAUCGAGGACAUCAAGCCCGCCAAGGACAUUGUCGACGAGAUGGUCAACGAGGCCGUGGCAACGCUCAAGAACGGUAGCCAGCUGCUCGUUGGUGGCGGUGCCCGUCUCUGA